AUGUUUGUAGAUGAAUAUGUUCGAAUAAGCUCGCUCGCUACUACCUCAUUUUUCUUUCUAUCUGUUUCUGCUAUAGCUCGGCCUCUUACUUUCUCUGCCUGUCUGUCUCUUUGUUGUUUUGCAAUAAAACCGUAUUUCUUUCUUUCUUUCUUUCUUUCUGUCGUUCUGUCUUUCUUUCUGUCUUUCUUUCUUUCUGUCUUUAUGUCUUUCUUUCUGUCUUUCUUUCUUUCUGUCUGUCUGUCUUCUUUUUCUGUCUUUCUUUCUUUUAUUUCUUUCUGUCUUUCUUUUCUUUCUGUCUGUCUUUCUUUUUCUGUCUUUCUUUUCUUUCUGUCUUUUCUUUCUGUCUUUUCUUUCUGUCUUUCUUUCUUUCUGUCUUUCUUUCUUUCUGUCUUUCUUUUUCUUUCUUUCUUCUUUCUUUCUUUCUUUCUGUCUUUUCCUUUUUUCUGUCUUUCUUUCUUUCUGUCUUUCUUUUCUUUCUGUCUUUUCUUUCUUUCUUUCUUUCUUUAUGUCUUUCUUUCUUUUCUUUUCUUUCUGUCUUUCUUUCUUUCUGUCUGUCUGUCUUUCUUUCUUUCUGUCUUUCUUUCUUUCUUUCUGUCUUUCUUUCUUUCUGUCUGUCUUUCUUUCUGUCUUUCUUUCUUUCUGUCUUUCUUUCUGUCUUUCUUUCUGUCUUUCUUUCUUUCUGUCUUUCUUUUUUCUGUCUUUCUUUCUGUCUUUCUUUCUUUCUGUCUUUAUGUCUUUCUUUCUUUCUUUCUGUCUUUCUUUCUUUCUGUCUGUCUGUCUUUCUUUCUGUCUUUCUUUCUUUCUGUCUUUCUUUCUUUCUGUCUUUCUUUUUUCUUUCUUUCUUUCUUUCUUUCUUUCUGUCUUUCUGUCUUUAUGUCUUUCUUUCUGUCUUUCUGUCUUUAUGUCUUUCUUUUUCUUCUUUUCUGUUUUCUUUCUUUUUUCUGUCUCUUUCUUUUUCUUUCUGUCUUUAUGUCUUUCUUUCUGUCUUUCUUUCUUUCUGUCUGUCUUUCUUUCUUUCUUUCUGUCUUUCUUUCUUUCUUUCUGUCUUUCUUUCUUUCUUUCUGUCUUCUUUCUUUCUUUCUGUCUUUCUUUCUGUCUUUAUGUCUUUCUUUCUGUCUUUCUUUCUUUCUUUCUGUCUGUCUUUCUUUCUGUCUUUAUGUCUUUCUUUCUGUCUUUCUUUCUGUCUGUCUUUCUUUCUGUCUUUCUUUCUUUCUGUCUUUCUUUCUGUCUUUCUUUCUUUCUUUCUGUCUUUCUUUCUUUCUUUCUGUCUGUCUUUAUUUCUUUCUUUCUGUCUUUCUUUCUGUCUUUAUGUCUUUCUUUCUGUCUUUCUGUCUUUAUGUCUUUCUUUCUGUCUUCCUUUCUUUCUGUCUUUCUUUCUUUCUUUCUUUCUUUCUUUCUUUCUGUCUUUCUUUCUGUCUUUCUUUCUGUAUUUUGUCUUUCUUUCUUUCUUUCUUUCUUUCUUUCUUUCUUUCUUUCUGUCUUUCUUUCUGUAUUUCUGUCUUUCUUUCUGUUUCCAUCACAUUCGUUGUCUUCUGCAUGUCCAUCUGUGGUGAUACAAUGAAACGCUUUCAUUCUUUCCGCUUCUGUCCUCCAUAUCUUUUUUUCUUUCUCAUUUCCUCUUCUUCUCACUUGUCUAUAUGA